GGUGUGGUCAAUCCAGGUUUCCUGCUUGUGAGGUUUCUUAAGCGUACAAACAGGAGUCACAAUGGAUCUGUCAGCAGCUAUAGGUGGGGAUGAAGAUGUGGUGAAGAAGGAGCAGGCUCAGAAGGAUGAGUUAAGUUGGCCCUGGGGGAAAAAGGAUAAGGACAAGGGGGACUCAAAGGGAAAGUCUGACAGUAAGGACAAGUCUGGAAGUAAGGACAAGUCCGACAGUAAGGACAAGUCCGACAGUAAGGACAAGUCUGGAAGUAAGGACAAGUCUGACAAAAAGGGAAAGGACAAAGGCAAAGACGACAAGAAGAAGGACAAGAAGAAAAAGGGACACAAGGAGGGAAAAAAAUCAGGCUCCUCAUCUUCAGGCUCCAGCGAUGAUGAGAAGUGAUGCUUCCUGGGGGACCGGAGUGCUCUGUUAGUCUCUUAUGAUCUUGUCCAUUGCCAAAGUGUGUGUGUGGCGAGUGUGCAGUAGCACCAACUUCUCUUCAUGUUCUUUCACUGGUGUCACAGAAAUAUGUUGCUUGUGUAAACAAAUCUGAUUACAAGAAUUAAAUGUUGUAACAACAAACAAAA